UAGCUUGCUAGGUCUCUGGAUGCCGCCUGAGCUGCCCCGCUGCUUUACAUGCUCUCUCGCUCUCUCGCUCUCCCUCCGCCUCGACCUCUUGAUCUCUGGAAUUCGUGCACACGCUGUUGGCUGCUAAAUCUCGCACAAAAACACAGAUUUUUAUCUCAUCUUGUUGAAUACCUAAGUCUGUAACCAUGCCAACUGGAGUAGCUCAAUACUUGACUCCUGAGAUGCAGGAAGAGCUUCGUGGAAUAGCCAAUGCCAUUGUUCGCCCUGGACAUGGGAUACUCGCUGCUGAUGAAAGCACAGGCACCAUUGGCAAGAGGCUGGCCAGCAUUAACUGUGAGAAUACAGACGCCAAUCGUCGCGCCUAUCGUCAGCUUCUCUUCACCGCCCCCAAGGAUGUGACAUCGUAUAUCAGUGGUGUGAUCCUCUAUGAUGAGACCUUCUGGCAGGAAGCUGAAAAUGGGACUAGGUUUGUAGAUCUCCUCAAGAACCAAGGCAUCAUCCCAGGAAUCAAGGUGGACAAGGGUGUUGUUGCCCUGCCCGGUACCUUCAACAACGAGAGCACCACACAGGGCCUGGACGACCUCAAUGCACGCUGCGCCAAGUACAAGGCCAACGGUGCACAGUUUGCCAAGUGGAGAUGCGUGUUGAAGAUCUCUGAUCUGACUCCAUCCCCAUUGGCCAUCCUGGAGAAUGCUAAUGUUCUGGCCAGGUAUGCUGUCUGCUGCCAACAGAAUGGACUUGUCCCUAUUGUUGAGCCGGAAGUUCUUCCUGAUGGUGACCAUUCACUUGAGAGAGCUCAGUAUGUCACAGAAAAGGUGCUUGCUGCUACCUACAAGGCCCUGAAUGACCACCAUGUUUUCCUAGAGGGAACUCUCCUGAAGCCCAACAUGGUGACGGCUGGUCAGUCAUGCCCUACCAAGUACACCCCCGAACAGGUGGCUAAGGCAACGGUGACUGCUCUCAACCGUACCGUUCCAGCUGCUGUCCCUGGUAUCACAUUCCUGUCGGGAGGACAGUCUGAGACGGAUGCUUCGCUGAAUCUCAACGCCAUCAACCAGUACGAGGGCAAGAAACCAUGGGCUCUGACCUUCUCCUUUGGCCGUGCUCUGCAAGCCAGUGUGCUCCAGGCAUGGGGUGGUAAACCAGAGAACAUUGCCAAGGGACAGGCAGCACUUCUGCAGAGAUCAAAGGCUAACGGCGAGGCUGCUGUUGGCAAGUACGUUGGAGACAAAGGAGAAGGGGCAGCUCAACAAUCUCUCUUCGUCAAAGAUCACGUCUACUAAAUCAUAAUCAAAAUGAUCUUCAUCUAAUCUUCCAUCUAUACCUUUGGCUAAUAUCAUGAAACAACGCACUUUUAGUACUUAGGAUUAUAUUUUUCAUUAAAUUUGAUGAGGUUGUGGUGAAAUAGGAACCCUUAAGCUGAAAUUUGUAUUUGAAUGUGGAUUAUCGUGUUGUCUAUGUGGCAGUUUAAUGGCAUGCACAUCCCAAUAAAGAGUUUUAAAAAUUAUGUUCAAUAUAAGGAAAAAAUUGUCAUUUUAUUGGAUAUUGAUAGACUACAUGUAUGUAAUUCAUGAUCGUCAUCCCAUAGAUUUACAAAUUCAAAAUCUCAGAGAAAGUCUAAGUUUGUUGUUCAAAUUUCGAAAUUUUCCCUUUACUUUAAUAGUGUGAUAGAUUUCAAUCAGUGUUACUUUAAGAAUUGCACAAGUGUAGGCAUAAUCGUUGUUUCAUAGUACAUGCAAUAUUGUAUUUUGGGGUUGGAAAACUAACUUUGUAUCA